CCCACCCCCGAUCCCCCAUCCCUCCCAAACCCUAACCCGCACCCGCACUCCUCCUUCCUCGGCUCCUCGCCGCCGCCACCUCCUCCCCGUCCCGCAGCAGCGCCCACCGCGUCACCUGCCGGCCGCCCUUGCGGGUGGCCGCGUCUGCGGCGACGACGGAGGCCGCGAUCGGUCGUCUCCCUAUCCGCCUCUCUCCCUAACGCCAGACCCAAUCCGCCGCCGUCCUCUUCUCAAGUCGCACCGCGACCUCCAACCUCAUCGCCGGCAGCCCCUCCCCUUUCCUCCUAGAUCGACUCGAGCUGCUCAUGUCGUGGCCAGAUCUGGCAGGAAUUCCCUCCCUCCCACCUCGCUCCGCAUCCCGAUCCAGAUGCACACAUUGACAGAGCUUUUGGCAGCUCCUGCUCAGCUGCUCCCAUGGGCCUCUGUCUGUCCGUGGCCUACGCCCACCGCCGGGCCGUGCAGCACGACGACACCGUCGACGUGAUGGUGUGUCGCAGCGGCUCCAACUACUAAGGGAUGGAUGGAUGUAGGCGGGCACAUCAACCCGGCGGUGACCUUCGGGCUGUUCCUGGCGAGAUCAUCGGCACCUUCUUCCUCGUCUACACCAUCUUCUCCGCCACCGACGCCAAGAGGAACGCCAGGGACUCCCACGUUCCCAUCCUUGCCCCGCUGCCAAUCAGGUUCGUCGUGUUCCUGGUCCACCUGGCCACCAUCCCCAUCACCGGCAUCAACUUGGCGAGGAGCCUCGGCGCGGCCAUCAUCUACAACAGGGAGCACACCUGGUCAGACCACUUGCCGACCUCUUCCCGGGCUUCGCAACCAGCUUCCAGCAGGUCUACGCGCUGGCGCGUGCGACGUUUACUGCAGCAACUAUGUCACCCAGCCCGUGCAGCGCGUCGCGGUCGAGUGCGGCGGCGCCCCCUCCGACCAGGUCUACCU